GGCAAAGCGGCAGAUAUGAGAUGGCGACGGAGUCGGUUUUGAGGGGAAGGGAAGGAGAGAAACGAGUUUGCAGCAAUACCAUUUGCAGUUUUGUUAUCUGCAAUGACUCCUCCCUUCAGCGGCAUCAGAUCAUCUUCAAUCCAGACUUCUUUGUGGAGAAACUGCGACAUGAGAAGCCCGAGGCAUUCACAGAGCUUGUGGUCAGUAACAUCACCCGGCUGAUUGACCUACCUGGAGCAGAGCUAGCCCAGCUAAUGGGACAGGAGGAGCCUCAAUUGCCUGGCACCGCUUCAGGGUUUUUCCGUUCCCUGAUGUCACUGAAACGCAAAGAGGAAGGAGUGGUGUUUGGAGCUCCACUGACUGAAGAAGGCAUUGCUCAAAUAUCUCAGCUGAUUGAAUAUUUGCAUAAGAAUUUGCGAGUAGAAGGCUUGUUCCGAGUGCCAGGAAACAGUACCAGGCAGCAGACCCUGAAGGAAACCUUGAACAGUGGGACAGAGAUUGACUUGGAUUCAGGGGAGUUUCAUUCCAAUGAUGUGGCCACUCUGCUGAAAAUGUUCUUGGGGGAACUGCCAGAGCCUUUGUUGACCCAUAAACAUUUCCAUGCACACCUCAAGAUUUCAGAUCUGAUGCAGUUUGAUGACAAGGGCAACAAGACCAACAUUCCAGAUAAAGAGCGUCAGAUUGAAGCACUGCAGCUGCUCUUCUUGAUCCUGCCAGCCCCCAAUCGCAAUCUGCUCAAGUUGCUCUUGGAUCUGCUCUAUCAGACAGCCAAGAAGCAGGACAGGAAUAAGAUGUCAGCUCAUAACCUUGCUCUUAUGUUUACACCUCACAUUUUGUGGCCUCGAAAUGUGACUGCCACUGACCUACAGGAGAACAUUGCCAAACUGAAUAAUGGGAUGGCUUUCAUGAUCAAGCACUCGCAGAAGCUCUUCAAGGCUCCCUCAUACAUCCGGGAAAGUGCAAGACUGCAUUACUUGGACUCCAGAGCACAUGCCUCAAAGGAUGACUUGGACUUGCCUGGGCCCCGGGGUUUCAAAAACUUUCAGCUCCUGAAAUUCAAGAAGCGAGGGCUGUUGGAUCCCUCUGCCCACCAAGAAGACACACAGCAACAUACAGAAGACGCACUGAAAGAGCUCUUCCUCCAUGUUCAUAAUAUGCCAGACUCCGCCAAGAAAAAGAAGCUCAUUCAACAGUUUCAGAAGCACCCUGAAGCUCUCACUCCCCGGAGAGGUGCACCCAUACCCCAGACAGGUGCACCCAUACCCCAGACCCAGAAGCGCACCCGCACUCGUUCCUUCAGUGGUUUAAUCAAGCGUAGGGUGCUGGGGAGUCAAGUGACUUUGGAUAGAAAAGGGAAGGAUGCUGUUUUGGAGUCUACAGGCACUAAAGAUCCAAAGCAUGGAAGCAAGGAGAAUGUCAACAUGUUACAGAGACCUGCUUCCUCUCCAACAAUCAAUGUGAUUCGAGCAAGGCUGAAGUCCCUUGAGCAUGGGAAAGAGGAUUCUUGUAAACACACUGUAUUCCAUGGGACCUCCACGAAGGAGUCUUCCAUUUGAAGAUCCACUCAAUGGUGUAUAUGCGCAGCAAAGACUUGCAGAACUGUGGAUAAUGCCUGCUACUCCCAAGCUGUGAGCAAAGUGUCAGGACUCCCUUAUCCCUCUAAUCUCACUUACUGGAGCCUGGCCUACAACUGCAUGUCUGCCAAAAUAGCAGACUCUCCUACUGAACAUGAAAAAACCACUAUUCAACCACCUGUCUAGCAUGAGAAUGGACUGGACAGUAUCUGCAGUGUAGCUUCCCUUUGAAGAGGUUGUUGUUUUGUAUUCUUUGUUUUUUCAGCAGUCCAUCUUUCUAUCAACUGUCUGUGACUUGAUUUAUACCUUCCUGUUAUAUAGCUGGUGUUUGUUUGUUUGUUUGGCCAGGCUUUUGGUGUGUGUACCAUUUCAUUUACUCUGCAACUCCUGUUAGUAUCCACAAUGGAGUCAAGCUUUCAGACCCUCUUGGCAGCUAGGCUUAUCUCAGUAUUCCUAUGUAUGGAAGUCUCUGUUAUGGUUAUUGAUGGGAUUGAAGAAGUAGCUAUACUCUUAACUGUCUCUUGCAGAUUGCAGCGAUCUGCCUCAGGCCUGUAACUUGGUUGCACCAAGCUCAAUGUCUGAGCUAUCCAGACUUAGACAUUUUAAAGCAGGGAUGGGGAAUCUGUGGCCUUCUAGAUGUUUUUUGGACUCAGGCACCCAUCAGCCCAGCCAGCAUGGUCAAUCAUCAGGGAAGAUGGGAGCUGAAAUCCAUCAGCUUCUGGAAGGCCACAGGCUCCCUGUUCCCAUUUUAGGCCAAGUGCUAAGAGCAAUUGUAGUAGGAAAUAAUUUCUGAAAACUGCCCUUUUAAAAAAACAACCAACCAAGGCCUUCUUAGCUGAAUUCUAGCAUGUCUAGUGAAUCACCUGUAACAUGAUUACAUCUUUCUCUUCACAAAGACAGCCAAUUCUGUUGCCACAUACACUUGCCUUCAGCAUGCUACUGUUAUUCUUCCAUCAGUGUUGAUUGCCAGGACAACAUUGUGGCUGAAGUUCUGCCUGAAGGAGUCUGUCUCGCUGUUCCCUACCUGUCAUGUUCCCAUUGUUUGUGGCCCAGGCUCUGCCACACAUUUCUCAGACAGGACAGGUGGCUGACAGUUUAAUGAUCUCCUGGAAGUGCACUAAAAAAGAGGAACUUACUAAUGUGGAAGGGCAUCUGAAUUGCCCACUAGGAAGGAGGGAGAGGCUGUCAGACUAAUAAAAGAAAUGUUCCCUUUCCUUCUGUCAGCAAGAAAAGGGUGCAGGUGGGAGGAUGGUGCAGUGUGGCAGCAAUGCUGUAAUCUGUCUGGAAGGAAGGCCACAACAGCACUGUGACAAAGACCUGAAGCUGCUAAGCAUCCCCCUGCUCCUAAAAGAACAAGAACAUGUGACCCUCCAGGUGAUGUUGGACCAACCACCCCAUCUGUACCAGUAGCCAUACUGGCUGGAGCUGCUGGGAGUCAGAGUCCAACAAUAUGAGGGCUACGGGUUCUGUUCCUGGUAAGCUGCUUUUGCCUAAGUGGUGGAGAAAUUUGGCACAAAGGCUAGUUUGGUUUUGCGAAGACAGCAUAUAUUUGGAUUCUUUAGAUAUGUGAGGAUUGAGCUCCUUUUUUAUUAUUUUAAAAAGACAGUCUUUUACAUCUGUGUCAGGACCAUGUCAAAUAAAUGUCUUUCUGUACACAGAGUGUUCUGUUAGAGCAGGGAUGGAGAACCUGUGGCCUUCCAGAUGGUUUUAGACUAAGGCUCCCAUCAUCCUUGACCAUUGGCCAUGCUGGCUGGAGCUGUUGGAGUUGGGAGUCCAACAACCUCUGGAGGCUCACUGUUUACCCACUCCUAUGUUACAGGUUGGGAUUCCUCAUAUCCCCCACAGCCAUGCUGGUAAAUAGCCUUAGCCAAAGAAGUAGUAAGCUGCUAACACUUGUGAGGACAUAGGCAAGACAGAGAAGUGCCACAAAGUGUGAAGGCCAGCAAUUAUUGUGGGUAAAAACAGCUCAAGCUGUUCUAGAUCUUAAACUUGGGUCAUUCAAAUCUUAGCAGUAUUGAAAGUAAAAGCAACUCUAGUGUCGUUGCUGAUCCUGGAAAUGGGACUGUCCCCAAGACCUUUCGUGUUCUGUUCUUCUCUUAUCUGUACUGUGGACAACCUCUACUUAUUUAUGCAAAGUAACAAUGUCAGUAAAUAAUAUGUUCUUUCUUUUGGUGUAUUGUCUUUCCCUCUGUUAAUGUGAAAUCCCUACAUUAAAUACUCUUUGGUAUUGGU